CGCACCGUCAUCCCUCUCCUGUCUCUCCUUCCCACCCACUCUAUCUGUUUUUCUCACUCCUUCGACCUCCAUCUUUUGCAAGCGAUAACCGACCCGCACCCCGACGAAGAGGGUUUCGGCGACUCGCGCAUCCGGGGUUCCGAUUCGAGAGGGUAGUGCGCUGCGAUACCUAGUGGGGGAAUGAAAGCGACGAGUGGUAGGGAAAGCCGGAGACGUACAAGGAGGGGGGAUGUUUGACUACUGGCAAACUAGUGAGCAAAGCUCGACUGUCAGUAUUGGGUUAGGUCAGCCCAGAGUAACAUCGUAGCCUCAUGUUCUCAGUUGCACUUGAGUGGAGACAAGAUCCGUUUGUUUACAUGUUAAGAAGAUAGUAAUCAAGUAAGAUAUACGUAUUAUUAUACUUCACGCGGUAUCGCUCAUAUUGUCGGUGUGUAUCGUCGUUAACAAAACUAACUCGCCGUGGAUCGUAAUCGAGCGCGUUGUUCCUCUCGGCGCGAAUAAAAGAAAAGAAAAAAAAAAGACAAGAAAAACAAUUGAAGAUAGCGAUUCGCUUUUGUUUUCGACCGCGCCAUUAACACAUCGCGUCGCGGUGUCACUCUUUCGAUGCAGCUCGUCGUUGCAAGUGAUAUGAUGUGACAAAGAAGAGUGGAUGGAGUGUCAAAGUGACGAGAGCUCGUAGCAUGGAUCGUAGCGUGGCACUGCCUGGUCUUCAGGAGAGGCAGAUUUAUGCAGUUCAGGGCUUUUGUAUGGCCAGCAAUUGGAUAUGAAUGACGAGAAGGAAACCUUCAACAACAACAACAACAACAACAACAACAGCAGCAAUAAUAAUAACAACAACGCAUCGAUGAUGUAUCCUGGAGUGGAAGUGGCUUCAGUGGCAGAAGUUCUUACGCGAACUAAUCUUCUGUCGUGCUUACGAAACCCAAUGGAAAUGGCUAUGAUGGUCACUGCUGCGAACAGAUACGCAACGAUCACUUCGAAUCCGGCACUAUAUAGUCAAAAUUUCCAUCCGACUACUUUAGGCAGCGUUUGGGCGCCGUCGGCCACGUCUUCGCCAUCGGCUACAUCCCCGUCUUCGUCCUCGUCUCGACACUCGCUCGGCAUCACGGUAUCGCCAACGCUCAGUUCAAGGUCCGUAAGCCGGCGCACCAGCAGCACUGAUAGCAGCAUCAACAAUAACAACAACAUUAUGCAACAUAACAAUAUUGUGAAAGUUAACAAGAAACCAGUACCGGUUCCGAAGAGUAAGAAAUCAAGCAAAAAACCGACCAAGGGACAAUCGCCGAAAAGUGGAAACCAGGACAAUGCAGUAGGAGCAAGGAACACGAAGAAGAGGUUUACUUGCAACAUAUGCAAGAAGGAUUUUGGAUACAAACACGUGCUGCAAAAUCAUUCGCGCACACACACCGGCGAGAAACCCUUCCAGUGUCCACAAUGUGAAAAAAAAUUUACCCGGGACCACCAUCUGAAGACGCACUUGCGACUGCACACCGGCGAGAAACCUUACUUCUGCACUUUCUGCGAACGGCGAUUCGUCCAAGUGGCCAAUCUCCGCCGUCAUCUGCGAGUGCACACAGGCGAGCGUCCGUACACCUGCAGGUACUGCGGGGCCAGCUUCAGCGACUCGAAUCAACUGAAGGCGCACGUGCUGAUACACAGCGGCGAAAAGCCAUUUCAAUGCGCGUACUGCGAUCUGAAAUUCAGAAGGCGGCACCACCUGAUGCAUCAUAGGUGCACCAAAAGCGUUGCGAACAGUCGAAGCACGCAGCAGCCGACGGCCUGCGGCCAGGAGAACACCGAGCCUGUCGCCAGCAGCAGUUCUGCGAACACCUUCUGCGAUCUCCCCAGUGCAGUUCCUCUCGAAUUACCGAGCCCCAUUGUCGCUGCUCCGAUACCGAUAAAUCUCUCCGGAUGCGUGACCGCUUUGCCUAUGCAAACUGAGCCCGAGGAUCUAUCUAUGAACAGAUCGCCGAGGCUUAAUUCUCAUAGCAGCAACAGCAACAAUAGCAGUCCGUCGACGAGCAGCAACGACGCCGUCUCCGAGACGAACGACGAAGAGAUCGAGGCCAGCCUGUUCCUACGACAAACUUUCGAUGAGGACGCAGCCAAAUCGGACAGCGACAAUGAAGCCGAUCACGCAUCCUAGUGGAGUUUCAGAUCGAUGACAGACGAACGAGUAGUUCCGUGACAGACAGCGCUUAACGAAUUUGCUUGUGGUCAGUUCGCAACAAUUGCAAGGUGAAAACCGGUCUCGUGUGACACAACUGGAGAGCAAGAGGCGACAUCGGGUUAGGCUUGUGAGAAAAGCGUCGCGAUUAAUCAAGAGACGCCACAGAAGUUUUUUUUUUGUCAGAACCGAAUGUGCACCGAGUAAAAAGUUUUUCUCUUCACACUCUUUAAUCAAUUGGACUAUUAUUUAUUUAUUGCAAAAUGCGAAAAAUGCUCGACUUCUGAAAAGUAAAGAUUAACGUUUCUAUAAUUUCAUUGACUUCAAACUAUGUUACGCGAGAACGAAAGUGAUCUUUAUAUUUAUUUGGGGGAUAAUUUACACAAAGUAUACUUCGAUAUUGCAAAUUGAACUCAUUGAAAUUAUACCGAUUUCAAUCUGUGCUUGAAAUUUUUGUCGACGCAUCGAUUCGCGUCUUUAUUCGCUGAGCAAUUCGUUAUUAUUUCUUAUUGUUCAUAGCGUCGUAAUACGUUCCUUAGUUACUAUCGUUUAGUGUUUGGUUAGGUUUUAGAUAGAUUCAUUCGUCUUGAGCUUUGUCUCUCCGAGAAAUAAGGACAGAGCUCAAAAUGAAUUCGAAUUUAAUUGCGACAGUCGAUUUUAACCUGGUCCGCAAUAAUAUAAUUAUAUGGUCGAGAAUAACGGAUACAAAGUGCUGCUUUUGUUCCUAACGUUUGGCAUCGAUCACGUCGCGUGUUACCACAAGUUGAGAAAGUUCGAAAUGGAAUAAAUCAUUUGAUUUCUGCUUGGCGUAACGCGCGGCACUCCGCGCGAUGUUAAAUGCAAGAGUACCUUGAGAAAUAUUGAUUCCUAGUUAAUGGUUGUUAGUUCCGAGCGAUAUUUUAGUUUAUGUUUCCACCGUUCCUACAUGUGCAGCUCUCAGACCAGCUGUCUGUUUCUUUUUUUCUUUUUUUUUAAUAUCCCUAGAAGCAAACCGGAGUUAUAGUGAUGAAACCUAAGAUAUCGACGAGGUGAAGAACCAUGCGUCAAGUACCUAUCGUAUUAGAGUUAUUGCUUGUCCUACCUACUGUCGUAAUCAUUAUUGUUGUUGUCUUCUUAUUCUUAACGUGCAAAAACUGUGUACACAUAUAUAUUUGUGUCGAGUAUAGUUGUAACGUACUAAUACAUUGUGUGCUCGAAUUGGGAUUGCAUUGUACGGAUGAGAAUGGCACACGAUAAAAUGUAAAACUAAAAUGUAAGGAAUCAAAAUACGUAAUUAUCAACAUAGAAAAAUUUCGAGAAAUCAUUCAAUUAAAAAUUUCAAUUGAAAAGAUACGAUUAAAAAUAAAAUAAAUGACCGGACGUCUAUGUAUUAUAUGUAUAAUGAAUUAUAUAUAUAUAUACAGACAUUUAUAUGUAUAAUUUUGUUAUUAACAAGGAAUGAUGGAAUUUUAUAAUGACAAUGACAGAGUUUUAUAAGAUUACCAACCGACAUUUCUAAAUUAAACACCGUUAUUACAUAUAUUAACAUAAUUAAUUAGUUUUCUCGUAACAAAUACAGAUUUUUUUUCACUUAAUCUGAUUAUUGCCAUAUAAUUGUGAAAGAUUUAAUUUAGUUUUUAAUACAAUAAUAAUCAGAUGCGAUUUAAACUCUGAUAUUUAACGAUGAAACUGAUAUUUUCUCCACUUCCUUACAUUUUAUUUCCAUCUUUUUCGAUAAAAAUACGAACAAUUCAUUGAUUGAAUUUUAUAUCGAAUAAGAUAAGCUUCAAGCAACUGUAGAGUUUUUCAAAACACAAAUUUUUUCGUGGCUUUAACCUCCGUACUAUCUAGCCCAAUCGCUCGAAUACUCGAUAAAAUGUACCUAUGAUUAUGUAUACUUCUUUGUAUCUAUAUGUAACGAAAUCGAUAUAAUUUUGUACAGCAAAUCGCAAUGCGCGCAAAUUCGAGUACGUGCGAAUCUACGUUAGUAGUAAUAUCAAUUUCCGCAUUGACGGGACACGCGCGCAACAAUAACCGUCUCGCAUCCGCUCGAAUUCUCGCGCACGUAACGAGACACGGUACAAAUUCAGACCUUACGCCUACGAUUAAAUUAAUAACACAGUCUCACAAAAUAAUAGGUAAUAAUAUCGAUGAUGCUAUAGCGAGAUGCAUGGCCACUCGACGCACUUGAUUGUUUGUCGCGACGUUAUUUAUCGCGUUCAAUGUAACGACGAUUAUUAAUUACGAACGGUGAUCGUUUUCGACAAUUCAUGAAUUGCCGAGUUAUACUGAAUUCUCGAAAGCGAUAUCUCUUUGCGUAGCACGCAACGUAACAUAUCGUCGUUUAACGCUUGAUACGCAACGUGCUGCGCGAACAGCAGACCAGUGGCACUGAAUGUAUACUAUGAAACUGACACUACCUCACCAGACACCUAAUAUAUCUCAACCACAAGACUGAUUUUAAAUAAUAUUCCUAUAAAUAAGAUAAAAAGAGAAAAGGGAAUGAGAAAGGGGAGAAGUAAUAGAUAAGAUUGUCUAAAUGCGUAUUAAAGAGAAGGAUGUUGUUCGUACAAAUAUGAAUAAAUCGUUUUGUAAGUAAUCCGCGUCUAGGAAAUAAUACUAACUGUAAUUAUCAUUAUUACUCUAUUGCUGCCAAUUUCGAAUUCCUAUUGUGAAUAAGAGAAAAACAAAAACGGAACCCUUUAUAUCGUACAUGUUUACUCGUAACUUCAUACCCCAAUCUUUGCAAUUACAUAUAUUAGUAAUCAGUUAUAGAAUGUUCCGAAUUGACUACUGCGUCAAACUAUUUUUAUUAUUAAAUCUCACUGUUUAAUCGUU